AUGGGCAAAUCGAGGAAACCCAGGGAUCAGGUCAACUUACAAGGGUGGUCUGGCUACUUCAAUAGACUUCGUGGUCCGAUUUAUCACAAAUUGGUUGUAGAGUCCUGGAAGAACGCUAUCUGCAACGACUACUACGUUGUUUCUCAUGUGCUGGACAAGAAGAUUGUAAUCUCAGAAGAGUCCAUUGCAAAACUGCUGGGUAUGGAGUUCCAGCAAGGUAAAAGGAUUAAAAAUGUUGAUGCAAAUGUUCCUGGGAUGAGGACCGUGGUCAACAAGGAGCUUUAUGAUAACUGGUCUCAGGAGAAAACCAAGUAUAACAUAAAGGACUUGAAGUCUCAGAUGAAGAUUUGGCAGAAGAUCUUCAUUCACUGCAUUCACCCCAGAACUGGAGGAACUGAUUACCUGAAUGCAACUCAAAAGGUAAUCAUGUACUACAUUUCCAUAGGUGAGCCUAUAUGUCUGCCAUUCCUGCUCUUCAAUUAUCUGAAGGAAUGCAUUGAGAAAUCAAGAACCACAACUGGUUCUGAAAACAAGAGGUUCAUUUCUUACAUUCCGUAUGGAAGGCUGCUGUCAGAUAUCUUUGUCCAGAAUAAGCUUGUCAAGACCCUGUCAGACAUUGGACUUCAUGAAGACCUGGUCAUGUCUAUUGGCGAUGCUCUCAAUGGAACAAAGUUGAAGAAAAUGCAGAUCAUUGAGAAAGUACAAGUUGCUCCCAAAGAAGACACUUCUGAUGAAGUACGUCAGAGGAACUAUCAUGUUGAUGACUUUCCUCUCUGGUCCAAGAAGGACAAUCCAGCAUGUAUUCAGGAAUAUGUGCGGAUGCUCAGAAGACAAGGAGAUCCUAUCACUCUUGAGGAAUUUGUUCAAGCACUUCCUGAAAACCCUCCUAAGUUGGCAACAAGGAAAUCAAGAAGAGCAACAAGCAGCAAGCCUUCAGAUCCUAAGGGCAAAGGGAUUCUGACAGAGGAACCUACAAAGAAGAAAGUUGCAUCCAAGACUGUGGUCAUUAGGGAACCCUCUCCUGAAAGACCUUCCCAGAGAACCUUAGUUCAACCAUGUCAAGUGUCUGAAUCUGAAAGCUCUGAAGACACAUGGGAAGAUUCCUCAAGCGAGGAAACUGAAGAUGAUGAUAUUCCUGUGGCUAAGAGAAGAAAAGUUACUCUUGAGGAAGAGGAAGAUGAGCAGGAUGACCAUGAGAUCAUCCAGAAUGUGCUUCAGGUUAUAAGGGAAUCUUCUGACGCUGAAGAAUCAACUGAUUCUGAUGUUGUUCCCUUAGUGAAGAGAAGAAAGCUUCCUCUGAGGGACACUUCAGCAGAAAGAGGCAGAAGCAGAGCAAGCAUCUGA